UUAACUUAAAAACAAUUUGUGGAGAUUUUGUCAAGGACCUAGCACUGUGGUUGGUUUACGACAGGUGCUAAAUAAAUAUUAUUAAAUCGAAAUGCAGAGAUAAAUAUGUGCAUGUUCAUUCAUUCAUUCUUUCAAUCCACAGACAUUUAUGGAGAGCCUGAAAUGUUCCAUAUAGACAUGUUUGAGAUAAGAAUGUCUUCCAAGCAAGCCACCUCUCCAUUUGCCUGUGCAGCUGAUGGAGAGGAUGCCAUGACCCAGGAUUUAACCUCAAGGGAAAAGGAAGAGGGCAGUGAUCAACAUGUGGCCUCCCAUCUGCCUCUGCACCCCAUAAUGCACAAUAAACCUCACUCUGAGGAGCUACCAACACUUGUCAAUACCAUUCAACAAGAUGCUGACUGGGACAGCGUUCUGUCAUCUCAGCAAAGAAUGGAAUCAGAGAAUAAUAAGUUAUGUUCCCUAUAUUCCUUCCGAAAUACCUCUACCUCACCACAUAAGCCUGACGAAGGGAGUCGGGACCGCGAGAUAAUGACCAGUGUUACUUUUGGAACCCCAGAACGCCGCAAAGGGAGUCUUGCCGAUGUGGUGGACACACUGAAGCAGAAGAAGCUGGAGGAAAUGACUCGGACUGAACAAGAGGAUUCCUCCUGCAUGGAAAAACUACUUUCAAAAGAUUGGAAGGAAAAAAUGGAAAGACUAAAUACCAGUGAACUUCUUGGAGAAAUUAAAGGUACACCUGAGAGCCUGGCAGAAAAAGAACGGCAGCUCUCCACCAUGAUUACCCAGCUGAUCAGUUUACGGGAGCAGCUACUGGCAGCGCAUGAUGAGCAGAAAAAACUGGCAGCCUCACAAAUUGAGAAACAACGGCAGCAAAUGGACCUUGCUCGCCAACAGCAAGAACAGAUUGCGAGACAACAGCAGCAACUUCUGCAACAGCAGCACAAAAUUAAUCUCCUGCAGCAACAGAUCCAGGUUCAGGGUCACAUGCCUCCGCUCAUGAUCCCAAUUUUUCCACAUGACCAGCGGACCCUGGCAGCAGCUGCUGCUGCCCAACAAGGAUUCCUCUUCCCCCCUGGAAUAACAUACAAACCAGGUGAUAACUACCCCGUACAGUUCAUUCCAUCAACAAUGGCAGCUGCUGCUGCUUCUGGACUCAGCCCUUUACAGCUCCAGAAGGGUCAUGUCUCCCACCCACAAAUUAACCCAAGGCUAAAGGGCCUAAGUGACCGUUUUGGCAGGAAUUUGGACACCUUUGAACAUGGUGGUGGCCACUCUUACAACCACAAACAGAUUGAGCAGCUCUAUGCCGCUCAGCUGGCCAGCAUGCAGGUGUCACCUGGAGCAAAGAUGCCAUCAACUCCACAGCCACCAAACACAGCAGGGACGGUCUCACCUACUGGGAUAAAAAAUGAAAAGAGAGGGACCAGCCCGGUAACUCAAGUUAAGGAUGAAGCAGCAGCACAGCCUCUGAAUCUCUCAUCCCGACCCAAGACAGCAGAGCCUGUAAAGUCCCCAACGUCUCCCACCCAGAACCUCUUCCCAGCCAGCAAAACCAGCCCUGUCAAUCUGCCAAACAAAAGCAGCAUCCCUAGCCCCAUUGGAGGAAGCCUGGGAAGAGGAUCCUCUUUAGAUAUCCUAUCUAGUCUCAACUCCCCUGCCCUCUUUGGGGAUCAGGAUACAGUGAUGAAAGCCAUUCAGGAGGCGCGGAAGAUGCGAGAGCAGAUCCAGCGGGAGCAACAGCAGCAACAGCCACAUGGUGUUGACGGGAAACUGUCCUCCAUAAAUAAUAUGGGGCUGAACAACUGCAGGAAUGAAAAGGAAAGAACGCGCUUUGAGAAUCUGGGGCCCCAGUUAACGGGAAAGUCAAAUGAAGAUGGAAAACUGGGCCCAGGUGUCAUCGACCUUACUCGGCCAGAAGAUGCAGAGGGAAGUAAAGCAAUGAAUGGCUCUGCAGCUAAACUACAGCAGUAUUAUUGUUGGCCAACAGGAGGUGCCACUGUGGCUGAAGCACGAGUCUACAGGGACGCCCGCGGCCGUGCCAGCAGCGAGCCACAUAUCAAGCGACCAAUGAAUGCAUUCAUGGUUUGGGCAAAGGAUGAGAGGAGAAAAAUCCUUCAGGCCUUCCCCGACAUGCAUAACUCCAACAUUAGCAAAAUCUUAGGAUCUCGCUGGAAAUCAAUGUCCAACCAGGAGAAGCAACCUUAUUAUGAAGAGCAGGCCCGGCUAAGCAAGAUCCACUUGGAGAAGUACCCAAACUAUAAAUACAAACCCCGACCGAAACGCACCUGCAUUGUUGAUGGCAAAAAGCUUAGGAUUGGGGAGUAUAAGCAACUGAUGAGGUCUCGGAGGCAGGAGAUGAGGCAGUUCUUUACUGUGGGGCAACAGCCUCAGAUUCCAAUCACCACAGGAACAGGUGUUGUGUAUCCUGGUGCUAUCACUAUGGCAACUACCACACCAUCGCCUCAGAUGACAUCUGACUGCUCUAGCACCUCGGCUAGCCCAGAGCCCAGCCUCCCGGUCAUCCAGAGCACUUAUGGUAUGAAGACAGAUGGCGGAAGCCUAGCUGGAAAUGAAAUGAUUAAUGGAGAGGAUGAAAUGGAAAUGUAUGACGACUAUGAAGAUGACCCCAAAUCAGACUAUAGCAGUGAAAAUGAAGCCCCGGAGGCUGUCAGUGCCAACUGAGGAGUUUUUGUUUGCUGAAUUAAAGUACUCUGACAUUUCACCCCCCUCCCCAACAAAAAGUUAUUAAAGAGCCCGCAUGCAUUUGUGGCUCCACAAUUACAUCAGCAGAAUGGUCUUAAUUGUUUCGUAAAGUGUGAGACAGAUUAAGUUUUCCCUGAUUUUUCAUGAACUUGAGUUUUUUGUCGUUAUUGUUAUUGUUGUUGUUGUUUUUUUAAUUUAGGUGAAGACAUAUUAAAUAUGAGACACCAGGACUUGAAACUUAUCUCAACCCGUAGAUGUCUUACAAGUCUUAUAUUUUUGUCUUACUUUUUGUUUCUUUUGGAUGUUGAUAAAGGUUUAAGUUACUGUUUUAGAUGGGGUUAAACAUUCUCACUCAGGUAUGCUGUGCCGGCCUACAGGUUGUGAAUGUGUUUUUAUUCUGAAUUAUUUUAGAAAACAACUGAGGAUUUCAUAUUGUGAAACAGAACAAGUCCACGGCGUGUGCAGCUGCAUGUAGAGCAUAUUCAAAAGGCCUCGGAAUUCCAAUUUUCCAUGUGUAGAGUUAAACUUUGAAUGUGCCAAACUUUUUCAUAACUUUUGAAUCUUAAUAUUUUGAAAGUCUUAAAGGAGACACUGCAAAGUCUUAGACAAUCUUUGGCAUCUUAAAAUAAAAUAGCAAACCAACAUUUUUUUUCCAGAAAAUGAUAAAGUACUCAGGAAUCUGGAGACAAGAUAUUGUAAGGAAUGAACAAGGUUGCCACAGUGCAUGGACCCAAUUGUGUUUGCCUGUUGACGUGCCAUCAGUGCGUGAUGUGGUAUGACAUACACACAGCAGAGCGACCGCCACACCAGAUAUCGACAGAGUGGUCUUCUCUGCCUGAGACCACCUCUCACUACAUCCAUUAUCCCUUUGCCUUUAACCCUGACAUUCAGUCUUAACACAUUUUCUCUUAAAUAAUUUAUUCAUUCCAGAAUGUCAAGGGUCCACUUACUAUUUAUUUUUUUUCAAUUGUUGGUGGCAUUAAUUUAAUAAUUCUUGUUUUUCACCUUCCUUCCCCAAAGAACUUUUCAGUCCUUUUCACCUCCUUCUCCUGUGUACAUAGUGAUUUUAUGUCCCCAGAACGCCUGGAAGCAUUUCUGAAACCAAGAUAUUAUUAAAAACCUAUUAUUGUUUUUAAUCAUGAGUAUAUAUCUGGCUGCAGGGCUGUGUAUUGGGAUAUAGGUAUAUAAUCUUACACUUAAACAGGUAUGCCCCUGAGGUUCACUGUGACCUCAAGUCUUUUGCCAGAAUUUUCCCCUAAUUCAGUUCACAAGUGGUAAGGUCUGCAUCAGUGGCAUUUCCCCCUGAGUUCCAUUCAGCAGUAAGGGUCAACAGUGGUGACUGCCAGGCAAGAGAGUCCUGCGGCCAAACCUGAAGCCCAAGGCUCGUGGGCCAUGCAGGAAUCUCAGUGAAGCUGUCAUGGCGUGGCACCUUUACACUGAGUUGCCUUGUCCCAGCUGGCACAUCCAGGGAGUUCAUUGCAAAAUCCCCAGGAUGCAAAAAGCCACAUGACAGCCUCAGAGCAAAGAUGGUGGCAAAUAGUCAUGAUACAACUAGAGAAUGAAAGAAAACCGUAAGGGAGGAGGAGGGGAAUAUAUCCCCUAUAUGGGAUGUUCCUACUGUUAACUCUGGGGAACAGAUAGCUCCGGGGGCAGCAGAUGAGUUCCUCUGGCUGACUCUGUAUCUGUGGCCACAUGGGGACAUGCCUACAUGUGAACAAGAUGAACUGCACUUGUCACAUAAGGAUUUCUUUGGAGACAUGCUGCUGGGGUGGGAAGCAGUGAGGUUUUAUUCUCCAUCUCCUAACUACAGGGAGCUCUGCCAUGCCAUUUCGCCCUUCCUGAAACUAGGACAAGUUGUCUAUUGGGGGGCUUCCCCCAGAGAGGUUUAGUGGGAGAAUGUCAGUGAAUGGGAUAGUUCACCUCAUGGGACAACCCAGAAUCUGAUCACCAAGACAUAGGAACGGCCCCAUCAGAUUUCUUGAGCCAUUUUGUCACUUGGAAGAAAAUAAUGUACCUUCGUAUUUAUUUAAGAGUGCUCAAGGCCUAAUAGCAAUAAACAGGUCUAGCCAAGAAAUUACCAGCUAUUCCGUUAGCUGGGAGUACUCUCUAUAAGCUGAUUAAGGUACUGAUAGGAACUCUUUGUUAUUCAUGUUGGUUGGGGAUUAGAAAUUUGUUUUUGUACAUUUAUUUCAAAUGAGGAGGAGGUCGUUUUUUCUCUCAAAAAAUGAGUAUUUAUUAUUGUCUUACUGAUUUCUUUGAUUAUAUACCUCUCCUCCUCGGUUCACUCUUUUUUUUUUUCUUUCUCUUUGGCUUUGCUUUUGCUCUCUCUCACUUCUUUCUUAUUUUGUUGCAUUGGUAGAGUGUUGUAUGGCUAGCAUUGUAUUGUAUGUAAUUAAUUUUGCACAAAAGCAAACAUUUAGCGUAGUAGGUUAAUUUUGUUUGUUUUUAUGACCAUGCCAAAAUAAUAUUCUGGGCUGGUGGAGAACAAAGGACUGUUCUUUAGGACUGAAACUUGAUUUUGCUCAUAGUAAGUAAAAAAAAAAACAAAAAACACACACACUCACAGAUGUUGUUUCGUAAGUGUUAUAAGCACUGGAUAUAAAUGGUAUUUUUUAUCACUUCUGACUAAUGUGAAACUGUUGUACGAAAACUACAUGAACAAAAGUCAUCUGUUUCGACUCGUGUGGGCUUGCCUCACAGUUGCCGGAUUUGAGUCAUUUUUAUGUCUUGUUAUUUCAUUUAUUUAUGCAAAAUACAUGUGUGUAUGAACACUUUGUUUUAGCUCCAGCUCUGCCUCCGUACUGGGGUUCAGUUACUUUUAGCCAUGUUCUUAAAAAUGAAAGGCUAUUCAGGAAUGAUCUGAUUGUAAACGUCUCUUUCAUUGGAUCAAACAAUAAUGCUGUAUUUGAAUCUAAAUUUUGUGUAUAAGCAGUUUAUUUAUUAGCCAAGUUUGGCUCUAAAUAUCCAUGGAAAUUAAGAAUGACAAUCAUAGGGAUCACUUCAUUUUAUUUUCAGUGGGGCUUAAACAAAGUUUUUAUGACUUUACCAUCUCAUUUUAGAUUUUUCUAAUUGUGUAAAUAUAACAUAGAAAUAGAAUUUAUUUUUGGUUCAUGAAUACUUAGUGAGAUAUAAGUUAUGUAUUUCCUUUUUGUUCUCUAUCCAUAGAUGUUGGUCCAAACUGAAAGUUGAUGAGUCACUGUGCCUCUCGGGGUAGUGAGUUAUCAGCUACAGUGAGAGAGCAGUGUUCGGCCUGCAGCUGGGACAGCAAAAUGCAUCACCAGGGUUCUCAUGCAGUUCAGAACCCACUGUCCACAGAUCCAGACAUUUCCCUUUUUUCUUACAGAAAGUUGAUGAUUGGACAUACUAAAUUUCCACUACGGUUAGGAGACAGUCAGUUUGCUUUGUGAGUCCACAAAAAUCUUCUAAGAUAGUUCUGUCACCAUUUAAUAGCAAGAAGCAUGAAUGCCACUACAAACGCAAAAAUCCACCUCUGAGAUUGGCCAUUAAUAAAAGUCCCACCAUGUCAGUUUAGAUUCAAGAAUGUUAAGCAACUUUGUUUUUGCAGUGCUUCCUAUUUCAUAGUAUUGUCAAAUCAAAGAUAAAAAUUAUCUCUAUUUUGUUAAAGAACUUACAAGGUCAGGGUUCUCCUUGUCACUUAGAAUUGGGACACUGUCAGACAAUCCUCUCCAAAAAAAAAAAAAAAAUAGCCAUAUGGAUUGGAAGGAAAAGGAGAAAAGAAGGAAGAAAGGAAAAAAAGUAGGAAGGGAGAGAGAAAGGAAAGGUCGCUUUGCGGAUAUGAGCCGCCAGGCUGACAACUUUUCUAUUACAUUGGCAGAUAUGAAGCAGUGUCUUUUCCAGUAAGGUACGGAAGCUUUGUUGUUUUCACGUGUACCCAGCUCAGCCUUUUAGAAGCACAUCGGUUUGCUUCAUUAGGUAUUUGAUACUCUCCAGCCUUGUCCUCAGGCCUGAUUUGAUUUGCCAGGGUCCUGACACCAAAGCCCAGGCCAAGUUCUAAAUUCAGGUGUGGGCUCACAGUGCUAUUGAGCUUGUCGAAUUCUGGGCUCCCCUGAACAUUAGCCCCACGGGAGCCUGAGGGUGUUUGAAAAGGGCGUGAUCACUCUAGGGCUGAAAUUAAAGGCUGCUUUCUUUUCCUUCUGAAGCCAGGCUGCUUCUUCGGAGCAAACCCUCCUGAGCCAGGAGCACAGGCACUAGCUGAAAGCAGGGAUUGUUUCAGGAAAGCCCAUUUACCCUCAGUAGGAAGGCAGCCUGGUCACUUGAACAGCACAGCUGAGGCUGCUUCUCUCAAUUUACUCAUUUUGCAAAGAAUUGACCUCUACCAACUCAUUAGGGAGAGGAAAAAGAAUCACUUAGUAAUUUUAAAUCAUAUGAGAAGUCCUGUACCAAGUGCCAACAACUGCAAAGAAAUGCAGCUAGAGGAAUGUAUUGAAAUUAUUACUGGGUCUUCCUUUUUAAUGAGAAAAUGACAAAAAUGGUUGCUGUAGCCCUGCCUGAUUUUGUACACGUUUGUCUAAGAAUUGAGUUGGCACUUAAGCUCACUUCUCAAAGUAUAAUAAUAUUGUAUGACCUCAUUUGUCCUUUCACAAAAGCACUUGCAUCAUUUCCUUAAGUCAUCUGCUCCCUGACAUGUUUUCUUCCCUAAUAAACAACUUCUGUCUGUUAUUCCUGCCAAUGAUGUCCUGUUUCUGAUGCCAUAUCCUAUUGAGUGUGCCCCUGUACUAAUAUCAUCGAAAAUAUUGAUAUGCAAACACAUUUCCUUUUCAUCCCCAUUCUAUCUUUCCCUUUGGGGACAGAUUGCUUUCCAAAAGCUCAUGAACAAGUAUUGGAAUGCUGGUACCUUUGGGGCAGAGGUAAGGGUGGGUGGGGUGGGGGCAGAAAGGUAAUGCUUAAUGCAGAUAACUCUUCUAAUAGUGUCCGUGGCAAUAUGAACGCUUGAAGAAAACUCAGUGACAUAUCUUGCUCAGUAGUUUCUUAUUCCUGAAGAACCACAAGCAUAAAGUGAGGCCUCAGUGCUGGUGCUCUUGGAGUAUGGGGAAUGUGCAAAUAUUUAACUGUUUUGUAUGCUGCACAUUGCAGGUCUGCUCAUGUGCAUUCUCCCUUUGUCUUCCUUUGUCAUAUGUGUUUUUGCUUUUUUGAAAGUGCAGUCUUUAUUGUACCCUCCUCCAGCUUGUAGCAAAUUAGAAUGCUUAGCAUUUAUGUUCAUUCAUUAUUGUAUUUGCCAUGUAAAAUUUUUAUUACCUUAGACAAGCUUAUAAGCUGUUACUACAUAACUUAUCUUACUGUAACUCUUUUAUUUCCCCCGACGUUGUAAUUUGUUUGUGAUGUAUAUUGUGAAAUUGUAUUCUAUGUUAAUUUAAUCAGCACAAUUCACUGACAUGCUGGACUGACAUGCUGGCUGCUGUUUCAAAGUGUAAAGUUUGUGUAUGGCUGUUGGGACAACUGCAACUCUGUUGUCAAGGUACUGUGCUUUGGUUCCUAUAGCAACACUGGGUGUGGCCCUUGAAUUGCUAAGGGCAUUUAAUACAUCCUGGAGCAAAUUUUAACUGCAGAUUUUCUUUGUAGAAAUUCUAUGUAUAAUGCAGGUACCUACUUGGCCCAUGGCUGGUAACUAUUUGGGCAAUUAGAAAAAAAGAAAAAAACAUAAAAACUAGUGUCUAUUGCUGCUUUGAAUAUGUUUGAAAGUCUGAAAAUGUAAAUAGUUUAUCAAAAAAAAAUCUUGUACAGUCCAGUGUAAAGUUUUUAAAUGACCUUAAGGGUUGCCAUCACAUCUUUCUCACACUCUCCUCUUGAUAAUAAUAAUAAUAAAAAGUUUGCUAAGGAUUAAAGAAAUGGGAAAAAUUAAAAAAAAUCUCUUCAAAUUUACAGGAAUGAAUCAUUGUUCUUAGCUUUGUUGCAUACACAAACUUCUUGGAUUUUGUUGUGCAGUAUUGAUGUGAGAUAAAGCUCAACAUUGAAUAAUCUUUCAGUGGUACUUUUCAAAGUCUUCCCCUCCUCUGCCUCAUAAUUAAGGGAAAAGACAAAAUUGAAAGACACACUGUCUUUAUCUAUCCUGGUGUAUGUUGGCACCUUAGCUACUUUUUUUUUUUUCCUUUUUGCACAAGGUGCUUUCCUGAUAUGUUCAACAUGCCAUCUUUGGGUGAUAAUGUAUAUGCCGUGAUGGGGCUCAGGCCCCUUAGGGGAGUGUCUAUAAGAACUGCCUAUUUAUGCUCAUUUACCUCAAGACUGUCCUCUCUACCCUAAUCUAGUUGUCAUCACUCCAUCUUUUGUACUGCUGUUGACACUUACAAAUUAAAGAUAAAUUUUGUUUUAUGA